AUGGCGGAAAGCUUCAGGCCAUACCCUGCAAAGGGCGAGGAGGCAAAGGGAAGCUUCAACCCGAUCACUUUUCUCUACGAGUCCAUCACCAAGGGCCCCUUCCACUUUGCCGGCCUCGUGCCGCACUUUGUCAUGAUCUUCUACGCAGCAUACAGGUUGGGCGUAGCGUACGGAUAUGUUCCCACGAAUAGUGCAGCCGUAGCGCUCGGCCUGAUUCCGCUAUUGCAAGGCCUUUCAGCUGGAGCUUUCGUCGGGUGUCUGGUGCUCCGAUACGGUCCCCUCGGCCAAUUUCUGCAGACCAAGGACAACGAGGGAACAGCAACGGAUUCGGAAUUGCGGCGCAUCAGAGGUGCGGACAUUGGCAUCGCUGCAGCUGGCUACGUGGUCCUCGCGACGUGAGUAUGGCUGAAGCGAGCUGAAGCAGGAUUCAAUGACGGGAGAGCAGGCUCGGCAAAGCCAGCGUGAAUGCUUGGAAAGUGUUUGCGCGGCGCAGCGAGCCUCCCUCGGCAUCGUGCGUUUUCGUGAUGGCUCGUGCGGUAAUGUAGCUUGAAUCACCGCACUCGACAGGGCUGUGCUGCGUACCACAAUGGGCCUUUCCCAGCCGAGCUUGGGGCCUUGCACGCUGCUCUUGCAAGACACGUCCUUGCUGGCACGUUUCUCGCCACGUGCUGCAUCUGCUUCCUUCCUCGAGGAGCAGGUCCAAAGACAGCGCUCACAUGCAUUGCGUCUGCCAUUUCGAAGCCGACGUGACAAUCACCGUCGCGAGUCGCCUCAUGGCGGAUCCUCUUCUGGCAGCGAGGGAACGAGUUGGCGUGCUCAAAGACUGCGACACUGGAGCGCCCAGCAGCGAAUCUUGUUGCCUUCCUGGCUGACCCUCUUGCUGCACCUUGUUUCAGCACUCUUUGGCAACAUCUCCCCGACGCAGACACUCCUGGUGUCGCAGCGCUGAAGAAGACUGCAGAGAGGCUUGGACUCUCCGGCUCGAGCUGA